AUGGCUGGUUUCCUCUCAGACCUGGUUCAAUACCGGAGGCUGUUGCUGAUGAUUGUGGUGCUGGGAAUUGGUGGAACCCACCUCUCUGGUUUUCAAAUGUCUGUCAUCAAUUACACUUCUCCGUACAUUCAGAAGUUUAUCAAUGAAACUUGGCUGGAGCGAUACGGUUCUGUGCUGCCUCAGGAGACCCUGAUGCUGCUGUGGUCCCUCAUCGUGUCUGUGUACUGCAUGGGUGGCAUGAUAGGGUGUCUGUGGAGUGGCUACCUGACUGCAAAAUUUGGAAAGAAGAAAAGUCUGCUGCUCAACGACGUGGUGCUGAUAACAGCAGCGCUGCUCACUGCCUGCAGCAGGAGAGCCAAGGCCUUUGAGAUGAUCCUGGCUGGGCGCUUCCUCGAGGGCAUGGCUGCUGGAAUACAUAUGAAUGCCCAUGUUCAGUAUGCUGGAGAGAUCUCACCUAAGAAGCUGCGUGGACUUAUAAACGUGACCUCCACAGUGUUUCUUGCACUAGGAAAAACAGUAGCACGAAUUCUUGGAUUAAGAGAACUUUUAGGAACUGAAGACAUGUGGAAUGUGCUAUUGUCCUUCUCUGGGCUGGUGGCAUUGAUUCAACUGAUCUUUUUGCCAUUCUUUCCUGAGUCCCCACCCUAUCUCUUGCUGCAAAAAGAAGACAAAGCUGGUUGCUUGAAAGCCAUGAAGCAACUCUGGGGAGAAGGGAAUUAUCACACAGAAUUUGAUGACUUGAUGAAGGAAAAGGCUAUAACAAAAGGCACCAAAAUCAUGAAUGUCCUGGAGGUGCUGAGAGAACGAUCUGUGCACCCACAGCUGUGUACCAUGCUCCUCCUUUUGCUGAGCCUGCAGCUCUGUGGCCUGAGUGCAAUCACCUUUUACACCUCAGAAAUUUUUGAAACAGCCAACCUCCAGGAAAGCAUAAUCCCAUAUGUAUCUCUAGGAGUUUCAGUCUCUGAACUCAUCUCCAUCAUAUUCUGUAGCUCCAUAAUCGAUCGGUUUGGACGCCGAAUGCUCCUGUGCGGGGGUUAUUUACUGAUGGCACUGAUCCUGGUGUUGCUUGAAACGAGCCUUCUGCUGAGUGAUCAGUUCCUCUGGCUGCGGUACUGCAGCGUUAUUCUCAUCUUUCUGUUCAUCAUUGCUUAUGGACUAGGACCAGCUGGAGCUGUUGUGGCUGUCAUGAAUGAAAUCUUCACCCUGUCAACAAGGGCCUCUGCUUUUGUAAUUGGUGGAAUUGUCAUUUGGCUGGGCCUCACCUUCACUGGAAUGGUUUUCCCCUUUGCUGUAAUGCUUCUUGGUCCUUUUUGCUUCCUCAUCUUUGUUGCUGUCCUGAUCAUUUCAGUGGUUCUUAUCUACCUGUUCCUCCCAGAAACAAAAGGGAAGUCAACGUCUGAAAUCACAGAAAAAUUCCAAAGCUGCCGGUUUAAGAGGAAACGGCAUCAGGCUGAGGAGAUGUAUGCUGCUGAAGAAAAGACAUUUUGCACCAAGCUCUGA